AUGUGGCAGCUUAUCAUACUCCUAACACUUGUCGGUCUAGGCCAGGCCUCGAUCUUUGAUUUCCUCAACCACCAGUUCCACGGAAACGGAGAAGAACAAAGGACCGAACAAAACCCGCUCAAAUUCGAAGAAGAUACCUUGAACAGAAACUGUAAUAAGUACCUAUGUCCCGACACUCUAUUGUGUGUUGAUAAACCCAAGUUGUGUCCCUGUCCGUAUCCGUCGAGUCAAUUGAAGUGCAUGUUGCCCAACGAAAGGUAUAUUUGCAUCAGCAAGCCCAGCGGCGAGGACCUCGAAGGGAAAUACGACGAUCCCAGAAACAACUGGAAGGUCGAUGCCAAAAACGAUGAUAUAAGAGACUGUGGUUGGGUAAAUAGAGCCUGGAGAGAUUUACUUUAA